AAUUUGCCGGCACCGUCAGUUGCUCUUCAGCAGUCGAGCAAUAAGUGAAAAUGUGGUUCAAGUUAUCGUUGUGUGUUCUGGCCGCUUUGGUCGCCGCCAAAAUCGAGGCCGCCAAAGUUGUGUGCUACUACGAUGGCGACUCCUACUUCAGAGACGGUCGUGCAAAAGUGACCUCGGAAGAGCUGAAGCCAGCUUUGGCCUACUGCAACCAGAUCAUCUGGGGGUGGUACGGAAUAGGCUCCGAAAAUGACAUCGACACGUUGGGCAAGUCGGACUCUGACAAGGGCAAAGUUCACAUCAGGGCCGUGACCGCCUUGAAGAAGACCAGCCCCAACCUCAAGGUUCUCUUGUCCAUCGGUGGAUGGGCCGACAAGGAAGACGUUGACAAAUACUUAACUCUGCUGGAGACUCCGGAAAGGAGAACUAAGUUCGCGAACUCAGUCGCAAAGAAGGUAGAUGACUACGGUUUCGACGGCGUUGAUUUGGCAUGGGAAUUCCCUCCCGACAAGGAACCCAAAGAGCGCGGAAUUUUCGGCUCUCUCUGGCACGGAACAAAGAAGAUUUUCUCUGGUGACAGAGACAAGAACCCUGAAGCCCACCGUGAACAGUUCUCUGCCUUGGCUCGUGAGCUGAAAGCAGUCCUCAGACCCAAAGGCCACCUUCUAUCCAUCUCCAACUUACCUCAUGUCAACAGCACAGUGUACUACGACAUUCCUAUCAUGAACCCUUCCGUGGACCAGUGGAUCAUCCACUCUUACGACUUCAGGACCCCGGAAAGGACCCCCAAACAGGCUGACUACUCAGCUCCCCUUUACUUCCCUCAAAACAGAGUCCCCUUCCAAAAUGUUGAGGCCAUGGCUGAUAAAUUCAUCAAGAAAGGAGCUACUCCGGACAAGAUCAUAAUCGGCGUGCCGACGUUCGGUCGCACCUGGGCCAUCGACUCCGACAGCGGGAAGACCGGACAACCGCCCCUAGUGGCCGACGGCAAGGGCAAGGAAGGCACCUACACGAAGACGGAAGGUCUGCUCUCCUACUACGAGAUCUGCCCCCAUCUGGUCACCUCCUCCUCCGCGAAGGUCGACGGCGUUCUCCUCCGCAAGGUGCCCGACCCCUCCAAGCGCGCCGGAGCCUACGCCUACCGCCUCCCCGGAAAGGAGGACGGCAUCUGGGUUUCCUAUGAGGACCCCGAACAGGCCGCCGCCAAGGCUCUCUUCGCCCGCAACAAGAACUACGGUGGAGUCGCUGUCGUCGACUUGUCCCUCGAUGACUUCAAGGGAAUGUGCGAUGGCACCCCCUUCCCUAUCACCAGGGCCGUUAAGAGCAACUUGUUGUAAGCGCCUAGAGCGUGGACAUAGAGAGCAUGCAGAUACUGUAUUCUCUCUAUGUAUGGCUCAUGGUUACUCUGAGCUAACGUGCUGGGGAAGAAUGAUACAUGGACUACAUUUUGCAGUUAGGAACUACAAUUCAUGGCUCAUCAUCGGCGGAUCCAGCAAA